AUGUACGCAAAAUCAACGCAAAAGAGAAAUUGGACAUUAACAGCUGAUGAGUUAAUUAAUCUAAGAGUCAAACAUAAUCAGGAAUUUAUAGCGACCAAUGGAGCACACAUUGAUAACCAAUCGUACUUUUUAAAUCCCUUUGAAGAGAGUAUUCUACUAAGACAGUAUGAGCUUCAAUUAAAAGAAUUCUGUAAAAGAUUCGAGCCACCAAUGCCACCUUAUGUUCUAGGAACUGCAUUUCAUUAUUUCAAGCGAUUUUAUCUGUACAAUUCAACAAUGAAUUACCAUCCAAAAGAAAUACUGGCAACUUGUGUAUAUCUUGCAUCGAAAACUGAAGAAUUUAAUAUCUCAAUCCAGCAAUUUGUAUCAAAUGUCAAAGGCGACAGAAAUAAAGCUAUGGAAAUAAUUUUGAGCAACGAGUUGCUGCUCAUGAAGGAACUGAAUUUUAAUCUCACGAUUCACAAUCCAUUUAGGCCAAUUGAAGGAUUUCUGAUUGAUAUAAAGACAAGAUGUGAUAUGCAAAAUCCAGAUAAACUGAGGAAAGGCAUUGACGAGUUUUUAGAGAAAUCAUUUCUGACUGACUGCUGUCUUAUCUAUUCACCAUCUCAAAUUGCUCUAGCUGCAGUGCUGCAUGCUGCUAGUAAAGCUCAAGAGAAUUUGGAUGCUUAUGUCACUGAUUCCUUAUUUGCCAACUCUACUCAAAUGCUCAAACCUCUAAUUGAAGCCGUUCGAAAGAUCCGAUCAAUGGUUAAAAAUAUCCCAGAAAUGCCUGAUAAGAACACGAUAAAAGCACUCGAGAAGAAAUUAGAGCGAUGCAGGAAUCAAAAUUUUAAUCCAGAUGCAGAAGUCUAUAAACAGAGACAAUUGAGGGAAUUAAAUGAAGAAGAUGAGGAUACGAAUGAUCAGGAUGUCUCAAUGAUGAGUACUUCCAAUUUCGAAUAG